AUGGCCCCCACCACCUCAAAGUCAGCCAAGGCCAAGCCUUACGACCGCGCGGAGGCGUCCAAGAAGUCCAAGGGAAAGGGCAAGGCGCCCCAGGACUUGGGAGCUCCUGCGACUCACUCGCAAUCGUCGAGGAAGGGCAAGAAGGCGUGGAGGAAGAAUAUUGAUAUCAGGCAAGAGGAGGAGGCCCUUGAACAGGCCAGGGAGGAUGAGAGGGUCACUGGUGGUCCUGCAGCGGCCAAGACGAGCGGUAAUCUGUUUACGAUCGACACUGUUGGUGACCAGACAGUCGCUGCCAAAGCCAAGCGUCAACACAAACCCCUUCGAUCUCUCGCCAUCCUCGACCAAAAAUCUGCCGUCCCCUCCCUCACCUCCAAAGUCUCCAAAGCUCCUGCUGCCGACAAGAAGCAACACCUGCUCUCUCGUGCGGAGAAGGACCGUCUCAAGCGUAUAGCGCGCAAGACGCAGGCUUUCUCUGAUGGCACUGGUCUCUCGUCUGCUGACAUUCAAGCUCGUGGACCGGCUGAGAAGGACGCUUGGGGAGAGGAGGAGGAGGUUGUCGUCAAGGGUGGUUUCGGAGAGGAGACAAUCGUGAAGAGGAAGGUCAAGGCUCCUAUCACGAUUGAGAGGCAAAGGGAACUCUACUUGGAGAAGGCCAAGAAGGUGGAGGAUCAGCCCGAAGGUGGCUUGUCCUACAACCCCAAAGCAGAGGCGCACCAAAAGCUCAUCGAUGCCGCUAUCCAAGAAGAGCUCGAUGCUCUGAAGCGAGAGGAGGCGGAGGCUGCCAGGUUGGAAAAGUUCGGUGCCGUUAUCGAGGCUCGCCGAAAUGCCCCUCAGUCCGAGUUUGCGGAGGGUAUGGAGGUCGGAGGUGGCGAGUCGGAUUCAGAGGAGGAGGAAGACGACGAUGUCGAAAAGCCCACGAAGAAGCCUUCCAAGAGAAAGACGACUGCCCAGCGUAACCGUCAAGCCCGUCAACGUGCUCUUGAAGCGGCCCUUCUGGCCAACAAGAACCGACGCAACCUUGCCAACUCUGUCCUUUCUGCCCCCGCCCUGAACCUCCAAAUCGAGGCUCAAAAGGUUCUCCAGGCGGAGAAGGAUCAGAAGGCGAAGGAGUUGAGGCAGCAGAAGGAGAAGGAGUUGAAGAAGGCGGGUCAAAAGAUUGGCAGGCACAGGGUACCGGGGAAGAGGGUGGAAGUGCAGCUGGGAGAGGAUUUGGCGGAGAGUCUGAGACAGGUCAAGCCCGAGGGCAACUUGUUCAAGGACAGGUUCUUGGAUUUGCAGAAGAGAGCUCUCAUCGAGCCUCGAGUACCUCAACUACCGAAGAAGAGAAGCCUCAAAACCAAGGAGUACGAGAAGUUUGCCUACAAGCACUUCAAGUAG